AUGGCCUCAAUGAAGUCGUGGAUAAUUGAAAACAAGGACAAUGGCUUUGAUGGCCUUGUUUACAAAGAUGCGCAGAUCCCCAAGGUGGGGGAUAACGAGGUACUCGUGAAGCUGCAAGCUGCAUCAUUGAACUAUCGCGACUUGAUUAUUCCCAAGGGCAAAUACCCUUUCGCAACUAAGUUCCCCGUUGUACCCGGAUCAGACGGCGCUGGUGAAGUUGUCGAGGUUGGCUCCAAGGUGACCGGACUCAAGAAGGGUGAUAAGGUGACAACCCUUUUCAAUCAGGGUCAUCAGUACGGUGCUAUCGAUCUCCCUGCGGCCGGGACCGGAUUGGGUGGUGUCAUCGACGGGUCGCUGCGCCAGUAUGGUGUUUUUGCCGAGACUGGACUCGUCAAGUCUGCGAAUAACCUUUCCGCGAUCGAAAGUAGCACACUUCCUUGUGCUGCGCUCACAUCUUGGAAUGCGCUGUACGGCCUGAAGCCUUUGAAGCCUGGCCAGGUUGUCUUGGUACAGGGUACCGGUGGUGUGAGCCUGUUUGGCCUGCAGUUUGCUAAGGCUGCUGGAGCGAUCGUUAUUGCGACUACAUCAUCUGCACAGAAAGCUGAGAAGCUGAAGAAACUCGGUGCCGACCAUGUUAUCAACUACAAGGAGGAUGUUAACUGGGGUGAGACUGCCAAGAAGCUGACCCCAGAAGGUGCCGGUGUGGAUCAUAUUCUUGAGGUUGGAGGCUCCGGGACGCUUACACAGAGCUUCAAAGCCAUCAAGUUUGAGGGUGUUAUCAGCAUUAUUGGCUUCCUGGGUGGUGUUGACCCGAAGACCCAGCCCAGUGUCCUGGAUACUCUCGGUCAUAUCUGCACAGUUCGUGGUGUUUAUGUCGGUAGCAGAGCUUUGAUGCAGGACAUGAUUCGUGCGAUCGAAGCCAACGAUAUUCAUCCUGUUGUAGAUGAGAAGGUGUUUAGCCUUGACCAGGCCCGCGAGGCAUAUGAGUACAUGUGGGGUCAAAAUCAUUUCGGAAAGUUGGCAAUUGCGGUGAACUAA